AAAACUUCAGUUCAAACGGUGACUGAAACCUGAGCUCCAUCUGCUCCACUUCACUUCCAGGCGGGGCCGCGCACUGGCCGACUCGGCGUGCACGAGGGCUGGCUUUCUAAACGCAGCGCGAUAGACGCCCGAGGAGGAUUUUGUGCUUUGCAGUCCUUUUCUGCAGUCUGGGUGUCGGCUCAGUUUAUUAGGUCAGCGGAGAGUCAACAACUUUGAAAAGUGUGAAUAUGGCACAUGUGCCUCCUUCUGCAUCGGGUGGACCGGUUCACCAACGUGACCUGAGCCAACCUCUGAUUGACCACGCAGAAGGCCAGCUCUUCCUGAAUGAAGCCAUCAAAAUUAUCGUGGAGGAAGUGCUCUGCAAGGGCACAGAUGUCAAAGAGAAGGUGUGUGAGUGGAAGGAGCCGGAUGAGCUCUCGGUGUUGCUGGAUCUGCAGCUGAGAGAGACUGGAGAGACACAAGACAGGCUCCUGCAGAGAGUCAGAGACGUCGCCAGGUACAGCGUCAAGACAAGUCACCCACGUUUCUUUAAUCAGCAGUUUGGCGGGGUGGACUAUCAUGCCCUGGCUGGACGCUUCCUCACAGAAGCCCUGAACACUAACCUCUUCACCUAUGAGGUUGCUCCAGUCUUUGUGCUCAUGGAGGGCGAGCUUCUGAGAGGGUUACGCCAGCUGGUGGGCUGGAUGGAUGGUGAUGGCCUUUUCUGUCCUGGGGGAUCCACUUCCAACAUGUAUGCCAUGAAUCUUGCGCGAUACCAACUCUUCCCGGAGGUCAAAAGCAAGGGGAUGUGGGGUCUCCCCCGGCUAGCCAUCUUUACAUCUCCAGAGAGCCAUUACUCUGUGAAGAAAGGGGCCGCAUUUCUGGGUUUUGGUACUGACAAUGUCAUCUUUGUGAAAGUGGACAAUGGAGGUCACAUGAUCCCAGAAGACCUUGAGGAAAAGAUAAAGCUGUCUAAAUCUCAGGGUUUGGUACCAUUCUUCGUUUGGUGUACAGCAGGUACCACGGUGCAGGGAUCUUUUGACCCUUUUGAUGGCGUUGCUGAUGUGUGUGAGAAGCACAAGCUCUGGAUGCACGUCGACGCUGCGUGGGGUGGAAGUGUCCUCUUUUCCAAGCAGCACAGACAUCUGAUGAAAGGAGUUGACAGAGUAAAUUCAGUGGCCUGGAAUCCACACAAGAUGCUGAUUGCUGGCCUGCAGUGUUCUGCUUUGCUUUUGAAGGACACCACGAACUUGCUGAGGCAAUGCCACAGUGCCAACGCCUCAUACCUCUUCCAACAAGACAAAUUCUACGAUGUGAACCUGGACAUCGGGGAUAAGUCUGUGCAGUGCAGCCGCAAGGUGGAUUGUCUGAAAUUGUGGUUGAUGUGGAAAGCCAUCGGCUCCGCUGGCUUUGAAGAGCGUAUAGACAAAGCUUUCAUCCAUGUAAGGUAUUUGGUGGAACAGAUGAAGAAAAGAGAUGGGUUCCAACUUUUAAACAUGCCGGAGUUUGUGAAUGUAUGCUUCUGGUUCAUACCACCAAGUCUCAGAGGGAAGGAGAAAACGGCAGAUUACCAGGAAAGACUGGCCAAAGUAGCACCAACCAUUAAGGAACGCAUGAUGAAGCAAGGCACCAUGAUGGUGGGCUACCAGCCUCUUGGAGACAAGGUCAACUUCUUCCGUGUGACUGUGCUAUCACCUCUCGUCUCCAACAAAGACAUGGACUUCUUCCUUGAUGAAAUUGAGCGACUGGGAAAUGUUUUGUGAACACAGUCCAAACCUUUCAGAUAUAAAAACAUAUUCACCAUCUUGGAUUUAAGGUUAUGCGCAGAAUCUGCACAUAAAAAAAAGAUUUGUAUGCAUUCACAAAGUUUUGCAUUCUAACAAGAUAAUGAAAUUAACAAAUAAGUGUCUGAUCUGGAUGAAUGUUGUAUUUGUUAUUUCUAUAUGUAAACUGUAAACUUUAAAUUGGGUUUUUCAGUAACUUAAAAAAUUUAUCUGAAAUGGGUUUGCCAUGUAUUUUUUUUCUUUUAUAGUAGUGUAGUAAUGCGAGUGAAUUAUUACUUUUCACACUUUCCAUCCGUCCACUUUUUUGACUGGAAAAACAGGGCUUGGAUUUUUUUCCUUUUUUUCCGAUCUUUCAAAUGAUCGUAUCAAUAAUAUAAGACAGAAAAAUAUUAUCUUAGCUGAAAGGCUGGAAAGUCUACAUUAGGCAUUUUUCGUAGAAAGGUUCUUAUAUUUAGUGUGACUUUCAAAUUAGAUUUUCAUGUUUUUAUUCCUGGUUUUAUCUUUAUGCUUUUGGUAAACUGUUUGUUUUUUUCAUUGAUUUGUUUUGUGUGAAUUGGUUGAUGUGCAUUUCCUUGUGUCAUGGAUUCUAUAACAGUUUUUAAAAUUGUGUUUUGAUUUAUUAAAUUAUAUGGAGUUCAUAGGUUGCUUCUCUUUUUUUGUAACCUUUUUUGAUUAAAAGAUUCCGGUGACAAUACAAAAUGAAUGAAUGAUUGCGUAAUUGGUUAGUUGAUUAGUUUAUCUUGUAUUAACAUUUUUUCUUUUAAUUAGAGCAGAUUUAUUGUCAUUGCACAUUAGACGUACAAUGAAAUUUACCAUGCCAUGCCUAUAUUAAAAGAAAAUUAUGAAUUACAUUUUUUUUUUUUCCUUUUACAAAAAUCAAAACAGAACUGUCAUAUAAAAAAAACUCACAUGACACUAGACUUAGUAAUUUUAUAGUCAAUGCUUUUAGUUACGGCAUUAGUAAAUUAAAAUCAAUCUCAGCGUAUUUUUUUUUUUUUUUUUUUACAAUAAAUCUCAAAAUACAAUGCAAAAUUAAGAACAAGGCUAACAUACAAAUACAGACAUUCGAGCACCAUAUAGAAAAGAAAUAAACAAAAGAAUAUAUAAAGAACAAAACAGUUGAAUGUAAAUUAAACAUAAAUAAAAAUAAAAACAACAUAAUGUGCGAGAGUAGGUUUCAUGUAGUCAAAUUGAACAAUUUACAGAUGCCGAUGCUUUCUUGUGCCUUUCGGUUUUUUGAUGAGUAAAUUGACAAGUUAUUUUUUAAGUACAAGGAGUUCAGGUU